GGCUGGUACAGUGUUCCCUGCUACCGCACAGCAAGGCCCUGCCACCCACCUUCAGGCUGUGCAGCCAUGUUCUGGGCAUCCUGAUCACAUGGGAGCCCAUGGGGCACCCCAGGUCCGCAGCCCUGCUCCUGGUGCUCGUCGGCCUCUCUGCCUCUGCUGGGACUGGCUGUUCCCACCUGCCUUGCUGGAGAACCCGCUGUCUGCUGGCCUUCCACAUGGCCUUCAGUGGAGCGGCUUCCACCUCCUGGUGAAGAAAUCAAAAAAGUCUUCCAAGUUCAAGCUCUAUAGGAGACACAAGAUAUCAGCAUCUGCUCAGAGGAAGCUGCUGGGCAGCCAUCGCCUGUCUGAGAAGGGCCAUCACGUUUCCAUCCCCUCCCCAGACAUCUCCCACAAGGGGCUGCGCUCCAAAAGGACCCAACCUUCAGAUCCAGAGGCAGUGGAAAGUCACCCCGGACUGAACUCACAAAGGCAUCGAGGGCCCGAGUUCUCCUUUGAUUUGCUGCCUGAGGCACGGGCUAUUCGGGUGACCAUUCCUCCAGGCCCUGAGGUCAGCAUGCGUCUUUGUCACCAGUGGGCACUGGAGUGCGAAGACCUGAGCAGUCCCUUUGAUGCCCAGAAAAUCGUGUCUGGGGGCCACACUGCGGAACUGCCUUAUGAGUUCCUUCUGCCCUGUCUGUGCAUAGAGGCUUCCUACCUGCAAGAAGACACCGUGAGGCAUAAAAUAUGUCCCUUCCAGAGCUGGCCUGAAGCUUAUGGCUCCGACUUCUGGAAGUCAGUGCAUUUUACUGACUACAGCCAGCACAAUCAGAUGGUCAUGGCCUUGACACUCCGAUGUCCACUGAAGCUGGAGGCCUCCCUUUGCCAGAAACAGGACUGGCACACCCCCUGUGAAGACCUCCCCAAUGCCACAGCUCAAGAGUCAGAGGGGUGGUACAUUUUGGAGAAGGUGGACUUGCACCCCCAGCUCUGCUUCAAGUUCUCUUUUGGAAACAGCAGCCACGUUGAAUGCCCCCAGCAGACUGGGUCUCUCAUGUCCUGGAAAGUGAGUAUGGAUACCCAGGCCCAGCAGCUGAUCCUUCACUUCUCCUCGAGGAUACAUGCCACCUUCAGUGCUGCCUGGAGCCACCCAGGCUUGGGGCAGGACACCUUGGUGCCCCCUGUGUACAGCGUCAGCCAGACCCAGGGCUCAAGCCCAGUGACACUAGACCUCAUCAUUCCCUUCCUGAGGCCAGGGGGCUGUGUUCUGGUAUGGAGGUCAGAUGUCCAGUUUGCCUGGAAGCAGCGCCUGUGUCCUGAUGUCUCUCACAGACACCUGGGGCUCUUGAUCCUGGCACUACUGGCCCUCACCACCCUACUGGCUGUUUUUCUGGUUCUCACCCUCUGGCGCCCGCUGUCAGGCCCGAGCCAAGCGCGGCCGGUGCUGCUUCUGCACGCUGCGGACUCCGAGGCGCAGAGGCGACUGGUGGGAGCUCUGGCCGAGCUGCUGCGGGCCGCGCUGGGCGGCGGACGCGACGUGAUCGUGGACCUUUGGGAGGGGAGGCGCGUGGCGCGCCUAGGCCCGCUGCCGUGGCUCUGGGCGGCGCGGGCGCGCGUGACACGGGAGCAGGGCACGGUGCUGCUGCUGUGGAGCGGCGCCGGCCCCAACCCGGCCCGCGGCCCCGACGCCCGUGCCCUGCUCCGCGCCACCCCGCGCCCGCUGCUGCUCCUGGCUUACUUCAGCCGUCUCUGCGCCAAGGGCGACAUCCCCCCGCCUCUGCGCGCCCUGCCGCGCUACCGUCUGCUGCGCGACCUGCCGCGCCUGCUGCGGGCGCUGGACGCUCAACCUUCCCCCGAAGCCACCAGCUGGGGUCGCCUCGGGCCGAGCCAGUGCAUGCAGGGCCGCCUGGAGCUGUGCCGCCGGCUCGAACGCGAGGCCGCCGGACUUGCUCACGAAGGCUAAUCAGAACUCCCCGCCGUCCCGGACGUCUACCGCCUCGGCGCGCGAGGGCACUGGCUGGAUCCCCGGAAUAAGCCCCGACCCUGGAGCCCUGCGGGUCCCUCCUGAGAACUAGUGGCUCAUUCCCGCCGCGCGGCCGGAGAGUCACAGCCCCUCCCCCACGAGUAUCCGGCCUCCUUCUCACACUUACCCUGCCUGUAGGAGUCCCUAGGGAGUCACUCUUUACUGAGAGCAUCUCCGAUUCCUGUGAUGAGUAAGGGUGACCUUCCCACUUCCUCUCUCCAAAACUCCAGCCAGGGAGCAGUCUGCGUUUUCUCAAGUCCUGGCCGUUAAGAUGGGGGAGGGGUGGAGGAGGCAGGAGCUACGUUAGCUCUGGAUGAAGGUCCCUCCAGGGAGUUUGGGAGAAAAGCCCCUCGGGGGCCAGGCAGCUCCCUUUCCCAUACCGCGGUCCUACCCAGAGAGGAAGGAAGGGAGACCCAGGAAAGAGGCCUUGGUUUUGGGUGGUUAGGACAAAAGGGAGGGGCACAGGAGACUAAGA